AUAUUAAUGCGAUUCGAUAUAAAAUGUUUGUUUAAAUAGAAUCGCAAGGGUACAUUAAAUAAUUAAAUCAUUACUCAACCAUUAUUGAGAUUAACAAUAGAUGCUUAUUUUUCUAGAAAAUAGAAAUCUUGUACGGUCAAUUAAUGGACAUUAGCGAGGAGCUAAAUGACAUGUACUCGUGGUCGCUAUUUCUGUUUAUCUUCGAUCUCUUUAGUCACAUCGUGACUAAUACAUAUUUUAUUUUGGUUUUCCUCAAUUUCCGUUACGUUGAUAUACUGAUUACCUUGGGGCUACUUAUGUGGAUAGUCAUUUAUCUCGUGCUACUUCUGAUACUCCUUGUGACCUGUCAUGCUGUCACGUUGAAGGCGAAUCGUUUUCCUCAGAUUUUAAUGGAUUGGCGCAGACGCAAUAAUCGCCAGAAUAAAUAUUUGAAUACACGGACAACCUUGCAUUAUUUAAAUCGUAAGCUAAUGCUUACAGCCGGUGGAUGUUUUCACGUACAUUUACCUUUGAUAACUGCGAGUUUGUCUCAUAUUUCGACAUAUAUUGUCAUACUUCUACAAAUACCAAAUAAUCAAAUAUCUUAA